AUGUCCAACCAGAUCAACCAAGGUCUCCAGGACUACUUCCGCCUUGUUUCGGAGACUUUGAAACGCAUCGACCAAGAGACAGAGCGUGAUGAUGGUUCUCGCUUGAUCGAGCUGAAUGAACUCCGUAGUGUCAUCUUGUGCGGCCAAGGCACAACCAUUCUCAACAACAUUCUUGAUGCCCAAGCCAAAGUGGACGCCGCGACCCGCAAUCUUGAAGCCCGAAACAAAGAGCUGUUUGAGCUGGGACGCUCCAUUGAAGAGAAUCGUUCUGCUUUGAAGCAGAAGGAGGAUGACUUGGUGCGCGACCUUGACGCACAGCGUCGUGUUCUGGAGCAAGAGAAGAUGGAUCUUCAGAUCCAAAAGCAAGCCUUCCUUGACGCCCAGGCUAUUUCCACUGAGACUCGAGACACAAUCUCGAAGACGGAGACUGCCCUCGCCGGUGUUAUGGCAGCCCAGAGCAAGUUUGAGUCAGACCUUGGCACACUGCUGAAGGCCAGUAAUGUCGGUAAGGAGAUGGCGCCUCCGCGAAAGAGAGCCAGGACUCAAGACGGCAUCGAAGUUGACAGGGUUCAACUUCCCCCCAAGGUGGUCGCGUUCAAAGAGAAGCGGCUAGAACAUCUGACAUGGCUUGCUGGUGCCGCAGUUAUCAUUGAGGGCAGUCUGUGGUAUCGCAAAAGCAACAUUGAGACCGGCAUUUGCAUCAUGAACCUCAUAUCCUCUAAUGGCAAGUGGAUUGAGAGCUUCCACGCUUUCUGCAGGAGUGAGAAUGGCCUCGAGCAUCCGGUGGCUUAUUGCUUCUAUGCGAUUCUCGAAAGCGAUCGGAAUACCCCUUGGAUUCUCGGGGGCGGAUGUCACUGUCCACAGCAUCGUUUUCCUUGGUCAAGUGAAGGAGGGAACUGCAUUGAUAUUAUCAAGAUGGAUGCUGCGGAGAGUUAUGGGACGAUCAUGCUCGUUUUCGAUGGUGUCAAGAUCGUUUUUGAUGAUGUUAAGAGCCACUGA